AUGUCUUUGGUAAAACAAAGAUGGGAUAUUUGCUACUACCUAGACUACGAAGGUUUUGCCGUUGGCGCCAUUUUGAGUUCAAUGUCUUUGUUCACUUUGACUGCAAUAAGCGUGGACAGACUUCUCGCCCUCUCGUUGGGCAUCAGAUACAGACAAGUCGCGACUUUGAGAAAAGCGUAUAUAAGUGUAAUUAUUAUGUGGGUUAUAUCCGUUGUUAUUGGCGCGGCAGUCUACUUUUUGUUGGAUACUGUUAUACUCGACUGGUCAAUGUUUAUAUUAAUAUCUCUAUGUGUAGUCAUUUCAGGUCUGUGUUACACGAAAAUUUUCUUUGUACUACGACGGAGCCAAAUACGCCUCGAAGAUAGCUCUUUUCAAGGACCAACUGAAUUUAUAAAGAUUCCACUGAAUCUAGCUCGAUACAGAAAGGCAGUGUACAGUGCACUGUGGGUGCAGGUAACAUUGGUUGUUUGUUAUCUACCGUUUGGUUUAGCGACAGCAAUACCUGAGUUUUCUUUGUCGGUUUACCUCAUGACGCUCACUUUACUUUUAUCAAACUCAUCACUAAACCCGCUCCUGUAUUGCUGGAAGAUCAGAGAAGUAAGGCAAGCUGUUAAAGACACAGUCAGACAUCUUUUCUCUUCAUCAAGUUAGUUCUACCAGUAUUAAGUAAUGAUUCAGAUGAGAAGGAAAAAACUAAACGCAAUGACGUUGGAAUGUAAAAACUUUUUAACUUUACUUUAAUUGUCUCUACCACACUUCUGAUUGGUUUAAACAUUAAAUUUUACGAACUCUUCGCAAAGCAGCAUGUAUAGUAAUCCGCCCUUUGUUUUCUAACCAACUUCCUUAUGACAAAAUCUCGCCUGAGUCUAAGUAACACAGAAAUCCUGCGUGAGAGGAACAUGUAAAAUUGUGAACUUUUCUUGGCCAUUGUUUGCAACUCCUAUGACUGGUCGAAAUCUUUUAACACAAAAAAACACCCUUUAAAAAUGGAGUUAUAGGACAUUUUAUUUCAUGAACUGCCUUUUUGUAGUUUUAUGCAUUCUCUGCAUGAUAAUGAAAAAAUAUUCCUGUGAGGAAAGCACAUUGCGCCAUAGCGAAAAGAAAUUGCUUCCUGCCUUACCUGGAUCAUUAUUUAAUGUACUUAUUAUGACCUAUUUCAAAUUGUUUCAAAAUCAUCGAUCUGUCGGAUAGAACAGCUAGCAAGAUUAUUUUUUCCUCUAAAAUAUCAUAAGCCGAUCACUGAUAUUAAUCAGAUCCUGAUUUCGAUCAGGUCAAUACAAUCUAAUAAAAGAUGAACCCUCUUAUAAUGUGUGAAACCGUUGCUAUAGUUACCGAAAAACGGUGUCGAAAAUCGAGACGAAAUACUGAUUCCGCCUUUGUGAUUAGUCACGCUUACUUUUAACGUUGUAUCCAUCUCACGUGUUUGUUUAUCUGAAGCAUGUAUGCAUCAGAAAUCAAAUUUAGCCAUUGCGCGAAAACCUCAUCGGUACAAUGAGGAAUCAAAUGAGGGGUAGCGAAUGUAUAUGAUUAUAUUUGGUUAGUGUGAUAUCAAUUGCCAUCAUUACUUUGAUAUUAUUGGAAUAACUCGAACUAGAAGUAAGCAUGAGUAUAAAAUAAGGCCUAAAGUUGCCCGUACAAAAAUAAAAUUUAUAAUUAAAAAAGUAUCUAUAUAAUUACUAACCUUGAGAAACGGAAGACUUCAUUACAGUAGAGGAUCGGAAGUCAGAAAAUUUCAAAGUGACUAAUUCAUGGAAGCGAGUAUUAAAUGGAGAAAAUACUAGACAUAGUGUCUUUAAUAUAAGUUUAUGCAUUAUUAUUAGGCAUCUAGGUUUAUAAUUUAUAGUCUAAUAUAUAGUCUUUUAAUUUAUGUUUAUGUAGAGUUACACGUUUCAACCCCUUAUGGGUUUCUGGUAUUAAUUAAUUAAUUAAUUUUUUUUUUCUUUUUUUUUUUUUUGGAGGGUAUGUCUUGGCAUGGGAAUUUGGUUUCCCCCUACUACCGUCCUGUUAACCAUUUUUGUAUUUUUGUUCGAUUGUAUAUGUUAGCAUUAGUUCAUUUGUAUCAGUUAUGUAUGGUUACGAACUGUGAUUAAAGAUUAAAGAUUAAAAAAAUACCUUGUAUUUCGUCAGCCAAAAGGAUGAAAACAUUGAACCGUACAAAGAAAUUUUUUAACUCGCCCCGUGCAUUGGCAAUACAAAACAUAUCAUAAACGUCUCUGUUUUAAUUGUGGCUGGCAUAAGAGUUUGCUUUUUCCGCAUAUGCGACUUACCAACCAUAAACCACUGAGUGGAAUACAACUUAUGGUAGAUUAAAUUUAAAAUCUGUUUUCAUAUGACUGAAAUAGCCUCCGUCCUACAAAUGAUAACCUCAGACGCCAACUAGAUCUACUCGUCCUGUCAAAAUUAAAAAGUAUUAUGAGGUCUUAUGAUGAUGAUAUGGUUGUAAAAUUUAUGAGAUAUCCCCCAGUUGCACACAAUUUAUAAUAAAACAACUGAAGAGCACAAAAGAAAAUAAGAAAGUUUACAUGUAAUCGCUUAUAAUACAAGUUAUGACGAAUACUUUUUUACUAUGAUGUAAAUAGUCUGUAUCUUUUUUUUCUUUCUCUCCCUUUUCCUUUUUGUGGUAAUCCGUUGAUCUAUAUUCUUGUAUUGUUAUUGCAAUUAAUAAUAUAUAGAUUUGGCUCUGGCUAAAUGCGAAGCGCCCUUUUAUACAAAAAAAUAAUACUUAAAACUAAAGAAAUUAGACUUGGCUGAUUUUAAAACAAAAAGAGAAAAUUACAAAUCAAAUUCGAUAACAGUAGUAAUCUUGGAAAAGAAUUCGUACCCAUACGCCAGUAUCACUGACCCCAAAAAAAAAUUCUGCCAAAUAUCACAAAAUUUUAAUGAAUAGAUUUUGAGAAAUCAUCUUUUGUGUACCAUUGCUUUUUGGCCUGUUUGUCUAAUUUAAAACACGCGCCGCCACGCAAGUUACCGCUGACCGCCCUCAAAACUGUGUUCAGCCACCCUAACCCCACCACUGUAUGUAACACCCUGAAGAAGGAAGGCCUUGCCUUCCGAAAUAUUGGUAAAAAAUAUAUAUAUUCCCGACUGUAAAAUCAGCCUUGCUUCUUUUGUUAAAUAAGUUUUCAUGCAUCAAUUCACCUGUCAAAAUUGCGACCAGACGGAGUGUGGAGGUAGGGGGGGUUGGGGAGGGGAGGGGGAGACUAGGUUGUUGCUAGAGUGACCAAGAACGUGACCAAGCAAAUUCCGAAAAUCCGAAAAUUUUGUGCUAAACCGAACACAGGAAAUAUUCAAUCAGAGUUUUCUUAAUCCUACUAAUAGAGUCUGUACGGGUGGGCUUUCUUACGCUGACGUCGUAACCAAAUUUUCUGUCAUCGAUAGGUUUCCAUUUUCUUUUAGGUUUGCGGCUCCUUUGCGCGCGGACCCUCCACUAACAAUAUAACAAUAGAGUUUAUGUUCGCGGGCAUAAAUAUGUUUUGGGCCCGACUCAGACUCAUUUUAGCCCGAGCCGCUAGGCGAGGGCUAAAAUGAGUCUGAGAAGGGCCCAAAACAUAUUUAUGCCCANCAUCUCUUAUUGAUGAUUGAUGCAAAGGAUGUCUUCUGCGUGAUAGUUGAUGUCUCAUCGGAAAUAAUUUUAGCAUUUUAGCACUCAGCUUUAGUAUUUUAACUAACAAUUUGUAACAUAUUGUAUGGAUUUUUUUAUCUACUUAAUUAUUGUAUCUAUUAUAUUUUAACUGUAGGUGUCCCCUAUUAGUAGAGGGCCUGCCCCUCGGCUAGUUUUUCUUUCUUGACACAUAAAUAAAGUUUCUAUCUAUCUAUCUAUCUAUCUAUCUAUCUAUCUAUCUAUCUAUCUAUCUAUCUAUCUAUCUAUCUAUCUAUCUAUCUAUCUAUCUAUCUAUCUAUCAGUUUUUAUAUACUAUUUUUUCAUUGGUAAUUUGUUUCAUAUCACUACUUCAACGGUUUUUGUUUUCCUUAACGUUCACAUUUUUCUUAUUUAAAUUUUCACAUGUAAUUAUAGUAUCAUAUUGCACGCUGUUCUUUAUUUCAAAUUGUAACGUCUUAGCUUAAGGUGUCUGAACACAGUUUUGGCAGUUUGUGAGUAUAUGUCAUUUGCCAAAUCAUGGCAAGAGAAAGGUUGCAGGUCACAGGCUUAAACUUGGCAAGUGAAAAAUAUACUGAUGAAAAAUUUUGAUUGCAGGUAAAAUUUGACGUUUUCGUAAUUCCAUGGCAACAUGAAAGAUUGAAUACAACCUUUAAAUUUCACUUUUGCUCAGUUUACAUAAAAUUCGCUCAUUAGAUUUUCCUGUAAACUUGCACACAGCUUACUAUAAUUAAUCAUUACCAUUUGAAACUUAUUUGACCAAAUUUUAACAGACGGGAUAUUAGAUAAUCAAUAAUAUAAUGAAGCUGUAAUUAUUAAAUGUGUCACAAUAUUCGUCUGUUUAACUUCCAUUUUAAAGUUCUCAUUAUUUAAAAUACGAUAAAAGGAAAAAUUCUGCCAAAUAUCACAAAAUUUUAAUGAAUGGAUUUUGAGAAAUCAUCUUCUCUGUACCAUUGCUUUUUGGCCUGUUUGUCUAAUUUAAAACACGCGCCGUCACGUGUGAGUUCUGUGUUCAGCCACCUUAACCCCAUCACUGUAUGUAACGCCCUGAAGAAGGAAGGCCGUUCCUUCCGAAAUAUUGGUAAAAAAUAUAUAUAUUCCCGACUGUAAAAUCAGCCUUGCUUCUUUUGUUAAAUAAGUUUUCAUGCAUCAAUUCACCUGUCAAAAUUGCGACCAGGCAGAGUGUAGGGGGAGAGGGGUGGGGGAGGGGGGAGGGGGAGACUAGGUUGUUGCUAGAGUGACCAAGAAUGUGACCAAGAAAAUUCCGAAAAUCCGAAAAUUUUGUGCUAAACCGAACACAGGAAAUAUUCAAUAAGAGUUUUCUUAAUCCUACUAAUAGUGUCUGUACGGGUGGGCUUUCUUACGCUGCCGUCGUAACCAAAUUUUCUGUCAUCGAUAGGUUUCCAUUUUUUUAUGUAUGGGGCUCCACUGCGCGAGGACCCUCCACUAACAAUAUAAUAAUAAAUAUGACUGUCAGUAAUGACACCUUACCUAUUGAUGGUCCUAAAUCUGACGAAUAAUAAAAUUAUUAAUUUUAUAAUUAUGGCGUAUUAAAAUUUACUUGCACUCUCUCAGUUCUUACAGCCUUUCCAUUAGCAGGGAUCGUAACAAGUCGUUUGGCCGACGGCAAGGGCUAAUUACCUGUUACAAUUUAAGUUACCGUUAUUUCUAUGAAAGUUAAUGGCUUAAUUUUUGACAAAAUUGCACGAUUUUUUCUCCAGAUAGCUAUUUUUCUCCAGCGGAUCGUAGCCCUCUUCCUAGAGUGAAGCUUAAAGAAACAAAAAGAGAAAAAAGGUACAUUUUGCUGAUUUAACUUUGUAAGAUUGACCGGAGGAAGAUCAGAUAGUCACUUAUCCGUAUUACGGACUGAGCCAUAAGCCUCAUAGGACCAAUCAAAUCUCUAGAUUAGUAAUCUAUUAGGUCAUCAUUAUUGACAUGCAGUUUGUGAUAAUUAGUACCGUACCAUGUGUAAGUUUCCUGAGAAGAGAGCUAAAAAUUGAAACGUGUACGUGCGUUGUUGGACAAUUUUAAAGUAUUUUAUAAUUUUAGGAAAAAAGCUACUUUUGUUGGUGAUGAAGCAUGUUAAGAAUGUUUUAUGCCGAAAACGCAGCUGCGCAAAGAUGAAUUAGUAAUUGAGUUAAUUUGAUAAUCACAGUAUCCUCGGUAAUUUAAAUAAAUUUGGAUAGCCUGCGAGAAGAAAUAAGAUCAAUGUUUAUGGCCAGUUUGUGGUCCAAGUUCGCAUUGCAGAAAAAUGAAGCUGGAAAACAAUUUUACCGGAGAGGAAAGUCAGAAAACAGCUGGAGAAUUGUAUUACUCAGAAGAACUGAAGGAGGAAAGACUCAGCGACCUUAUAUUUGUUUAAGUGCUAAAUAUUUUUCUGUCUAUUACUGCAUUUCUCAUAGCUAAAAAUUGAAACGUGUACUUGCAUUGUUGGACAAUUUUAAAGUAUUUUAUAAUUUUAUGAAAGAAGCUAUUUUUGUUGGUGAUGAAGCAUGUUAAAAACGUUUUAUGCCGAAAACGCAGCUGCGCAAAGAUGAAUUAGUAAUUGAGUUAAUUUGAUAAUCACAAUAUCCUCGGUAAUUAAAUAAAUUGGGAUAGUCUGCGAGAAGAAAUAAAAUUAAUGUUUAUGGCCAGGUUGCGGUCCAAGUUCGCGUUGCAGAAAAAUGAAGCUAGAAAACAAUUUUACCGGAGAGGAAAGUCAGAACACAGCUGGAGAAUUGUAUUGCUCAGGAGAACUUAGGGAGGAAAGACUCAGCGAUCUUAUAUUUGUUUCAGUGCUAAAUAUUCUUCUGUCCAUUACUGCAUUUCUGGGAAACAUUCUGAUCCUAGUUGCUCUUCACAAGGGGACUUCACUCAAUAAGCCGUCCAAACUCCUGUUUCGUAACCUAGCGGUAACUGAUCUAUGUGUUGGUGUCAUUGCGCAGCCUCUAUUUGUUGCUUAUUUGAUAUCCGUCGUAACAGAGAGAUGGGAUAUUUGCUAUUACUCAGAUUUGGCAAAUAUGAUCUCUAGCAUCAUUUUGUGUUCAGUGUCUUUAUUAACAUUAACUGCAAUAAGCGUGGACAGACUCCUCGCCCUGUUGUUGGGCUUAAGAUACAGACAUAUUGUAACAAUGAGAAAAGCGUAUAUAAGUGUAAUUGUAAUGUGGAUUCUCUCCGCUUUCAUUGGCGCAGCAAACUACUCUUUUUAUUCCCUUAUAUUCGGCUGGUCUACGUUUAUAACUAUUUCUCUAUGUGUAGUCAUCUCAAGUCUGUGUUAUGCCAAAAUCUUCCUUACAUUACGAGGAAGGCAAUUUCAUGUUCAAGAUGGCGCUUUUCAAGGAAAACGGAACCAGAAAGUUCCACUGAAUAUAGCUCGAUACAGAAAGGCAGUCUACAAUGCACUAUGGGUGCAGGUAACAUUGCUUGUUUGUUAUCUGCCGCUUUGUAUAGCUAUGGUCUUAAGGCCAAGUGAGAUAACUUUCUCAGUUUAUUACCUCGCAGAAAAUAUUACAUUCUCUCUUCUUUUAGCAAACUCGUCAUUAAACCCCUUUUUUAUUGUUGGAGGAUCAGAGAGGUAA